AAAUAACAGCAAGAAACAUCCACAUGUAGACACCCAAACAAACUCCUAGAAUACAAACACCAAUAAUUGAUCAUUCUCCUCUGUACUCCUGCUGGCAACUUCCACUUCCCUUAAACCCUACACCAACUCAUCAAUCAAACAUUUGCAGGUCUCAUUUCAUCCUCAAACAAACACAACAUGUUGUUCAAUCAACAAUCCCCAGUCAUCAUCUUCCUCUGCACUCUUAUUAUAAUAUCCACAACAUUCCAAAUUGUAACUUCUUCUGAUCAACCCACAACUAUAUAUGAACUCCUACAAAUCAAUGGCCUGCCAAUCGGGUUACUACCCGAAGGUGUGACCGACUUUGAAUACGAUGAAUCGGGCCGGUUCGAGGUGCAUUUGGAUCAAGCUUGUAAUGCUAAGUUUGAAGAUGAGUUGCAUUAUGAUCAGAAUGUUUCUGGGAAUAUGAGUUAUGGGCAGAUCGCUGGGUUGUCGGGUAUUUCGGCUCAGGAUUUGUUUUUGUGGUUUCCGGUUAAGGAGAUUCGGGUUGAUGUACCCAGUUCUGGGUUGAUUUACUUUGAUGUUGGUGUUGUUUCGAAGCAGUUUUCGUUGUCAAGUUUUGAAAUACCCAGGGAGUGUUUGGCUUCUGAGGAUCAGAUCGUUGUUGAGAAUCCAUCCGGAAAGAAGGGAAUCCGAACGAAUGACCGUGAAGAACAUUCGAUGGCAUUUUUGUAAAUUUGAAGUUAAAGAUACUCGAAGUGGCACAAUUUCUCAAUCAAGUUAUCUACACUUGCUCUUCAAACCAGUCUUGAAUGUUAUAUAUGCAACAUUUUUUAAAACUGAUAGAAGAAGAAGAAGACAUGACGUAUAAACACUCGCCAUGGAAGCAAGUGACAAACGAUCCGCUGAGAUUCAGUCCUACUUUAUUUAGAAUUCGUUAGAAAUACGCAAGGAAUGCACGUUCUUACACCGUCGAUACAAGAACAUGAAGGUUACAAAUCAGGUGAAUAUAUAUUUAUAUAUUAUAUUGUCAAAUUCAUUACAAAUAUGAACAUAAAAGAUUUGGUGGCAUAUCACUUCUCUUUUUGCAGUCAUAAGUAUCUUUAAUAGAAUAAAUAAGAAAUAAAUAGCAUUCUUAUCUCC